AGUCAUUUGCUGGUUGGUGUAUGAUUCACCUCUCCAGUUUUGUUUUGUUUGUUUUGUUGUCCUUGCCUUCUAGAAAACAAAGGGAAAACAUUUUCUUUUCAAUGAUCAUGUAUAUUGAAUGAUUCUUACAUUUUAUUGAUUUUUAACUCUGCCUGGGUUAUUUAAUUUAAUUUUUUUUUUUUGAAAAAGAAUCUUACUACAUGGCCCUGGCUUUCCCCAUUCAUUACACAGACCAGACUGACCUUUAACUCAGAGUGAUCUGCCUGCCUCUUGCUUCCAAGUGUUGGGGCUAGAUACAUGCUUUACCAUGCCUAGAAGUUUGUUUAAAACGUUUUUAAAAUUUAGUUUCAUUUAUACUAUGUGCAUUGAAUAUGUACAGACCAAAAAGAGCAUGUCAGAUUUGCUGGAACUGGACUUACAGGUUUUGUGUGCCACCUGAUAUAGUUGCUGGGAACUGAACCCAAGUCAUCUGUUUGAUUACUAGUGGCCUUAACAAGUCAUCUGUUUGAUUACUAGUGGCCUUAACAAGUCAUCUGUUUGAUUACUAGUGGCCUUAACAACUUAACAUCUCUUCAGUUCCUUGUCUAGUUUGUAUUAGAUAUUCUUUUCUUUUAUUGUGUUUUAUCCUCUAUUCACUCCGUUUUCUUAAGUUUUCUGGAAAUCACUAUACUGAUUGAAGAUUCUAUUCCAGUCAGUGAAGAGAGUAAGUGUAAACCCUCUAAGGAAAGUUUCUGAUUUACUGAUCAAAGCACAGGUCCUGAAUUUUGUCUUUCAUUAGUGGACAGCCCCUAACACUUUUGCAAAACUUGUUCAUUUUCUUUUUUUUUUUUACCACUUACCAGGAUAUUGCAUGACCAAACCUGAGGUGAUCUUCAAGUUGGAGCAUGGAUUUGGGCCAUGGCCUGUGGGAGAAUUCUCUGUCUGUGGCCUUCCAGGUAUUCAUAAAAAACCUGUCCAGAAGGAGACUGAUCAGGAAAAUCACAAAGGACAUUUGUGGCAAGUUGAAAUUGCCAACACCCAGACAUCAAAUGACAAAAUUGUUGAAGCAGACCUGAAGGUAGCACAGAAGAUCCAACAAGGGACAAAAUCCUAUGAAGAUAAAGGAUGUUUGAAGACAUUUUGCCAGCUGUCACAGCACACGAGGAGUCAGAUGAGUUACCCGUGUAAGAAAAGCAUCCAUUAUAAGUCACCUCUCAAUAACUGUCAGAGUCUUAAUGAGGAGACGCAGUGUACACACAGACAAUGCAGGAAGUCACGCCUGAUCAAACAGAGAAGUCACAAAGGGGAGAAGCCAUAUGAAAGCUCAGGAUGUGAGAAAGCUUCCCACACCGAGCCUCACCAUCAGAACACUCUCAGAGAUGAGAAGCCCUACAAAUGUCUAGAAUGUGGGAAAUAUUUCUACUACAAGUCACAAAUCAUUGAGCAUCAAAGAAGUCAUACAGGUGAAAAGCCUUAUGAGUGUACAGAAUGUGGAAAAUCUUUCAACUAUAAAUCACAUCUCACUGUACAUCACAGAAGUCACACAGGUGACAAGCCUCAUGAAUGUAGAGAAUGUAGAAAAGAUUUUUACUAUAAGUCACAAUUCACACAGCACCAGAAAAGUCAUACAGGGGAUAAGCGCUAUGAAUGUAUGCAAUGCUCCGAAGCUUUCUACUUUAAGAAACAACUUACUCAUCAUCAGAAAACUCAUAGUACUGAAAAGCGCUUUAAAUGUAAAGAAUGUGGUAAGUCAUUCAACUGGAGGCAGAACCUUUCUGUUCAUCAGAAAAUUCAUAGUGGGGAAAAGCCCUUUGAAUGUAAACAAUGUGGGAAAGCAUUUUACUGCAAGUCCCACCUCACGGUUCAUCAGAGAACUCAUAUAAAUAAAAAGCUCUUUCAGUGUUCACAGUGCAGGAAAGCAUUCUACUCUCAGACACAGCUUGCUCUACAUCAGAGAAUUCACACGGAUGAGAAGAAGCCCUAUGAAUGUAAGCAAUGCAACAAAACAUUCUACAGCAUGUCUGGGCUUACUGCACAUCAGAAAACUCAUACGGGUGAGAAGCCCUAUGAAUGUAAAGAGUGUGGAAAAGCAUUCUAUAACAAGUACGUGCUCACUGAGCAUCAUAGAGUUCAUACAGGUGAGAAGCCCUAUAAAUGUGCAGAAUGCAAGAAAGCAUUUUUUUCCAAGAAACAUCUUUCUCUACAUCAGAAAACUCAUGCAAGUGAGAAGUCAUUUCGUUGUACAGAGUGUGGGAAAGCUUUCUCCUGGAUGUCACACCUCACUCAACAUCAGAGAAUUCACACAGGUGAGAAGCCCUAUGCAUGUGAACAGUGUAGGAAGACUUACUACUUCAAGAGACAACUCACUCAACAUCAAAAAUCUCACACACAUGAGAAGUGCCGCUUGAGCCGCGCGGCGAGCUCCGCUGCCAGAGCCGGUGAGGAGAGUGCAGUCGAGAUCGAAAGCCGCGCCAUGGUGAGCAAGGGGCUGCUGUCCUCAGACGGGGAGGAGAGGCGGGCCGAGCCCCGGGGAACCCGUCUGACGGAGCCUCCUUGCGGCUGGAGCAGGAGCAGUGUUCUGGGCCGCGGCUCUCGACAGCUCCGCCCCUCGGGCCGCGCUUGCGACUUGGUGACCUUUGAGGAUGUGGCUGUGAAUUUCACUCAGGAAGAGUGGACUUUGCUGGAUCCUUCGCAGAAGAACCUAUACAUUAAUGUGAUGCUGGAAACCUGCAGUAACCUUGCUUCUGUGGGAAUCAAAUCUGAAUACCAGACCACUGAAGACCAGUAUAAACAUCCUGGGAAAAAUAUAAGGAACAUUGUAACCCGCUCUGGAUACACUCGAUAUGAGCUUGAGGACUGUGGGAAGAAGCAAUAUCACUCGAGUUCUCUCACAACUAUUCACAUAUACAUGGGAACCCACAGUGUGAGUGGAACUUAUGGAUAUGAAGUAUAUUCAAAACCCAUUGGUGUUCCAAGUUCAUGUGGCACUCAUGAGCAAAUUCAGAGUGGAGAGCAGCACCAUGAAUACGGUAUAUAUGAAACAGCCUUUAUUUGUCCCAGCUCAUUUUGCAUACAUGGAGAAACUCACACUGGAGAAAACUCUUCCGAAUGUAAACCAAGUGGUACAACUCUGAGUUCUUUCAAUUACUUCCCAUUUCACAGCAGAAUUCAUAAUGGAGGAAAGCAUUUUGACUGUACACAGUGUGUUAAAGCUUUCAGAUGUCACAGUUCCCUUCAAAGGCAUGAAAGAAUUUGUGGUGGGGAAAAACCACAUGAAUGUAAACAGUGUGGUAAGUCAUUUGUGUAUCCCUAUUUACUUAAAAUGCAUGAAAGGUAUCAUACUGGAGAGAAGCCUUAUAAGUGUAAGAUGUGUGGUAAGGCAUUUCUUUGUUCCUCUUUCCUGCAAAGACAUAAAAGCACUCAUACGGGAGAAAAACCAUAUAAAUGUAAGCAAUGUGCUAAGCCCUUUAGACGUCUCAGUAAUCUUCAGGUCCAUGAAAGAACUCAUACUGGAGAGAAACCCUAUGAGUGUAAACAGUGUGGCAAAGCUCUGAGAAGCCACAGUUCCCUUCAAAGACAUAAAAUAGUCCAUGCUGGGAAGAAACCCUAUGAAUGUAAACAGUGUGGUAAGUCCUUCAUUUAUCCUUAUUUACUUCAAACCCAUGAAAGAUCUCAUACUGGAGAGAAGCCCUACAAAUGUAACCUAUGCAGUAAAGCCUUUCGUUGUUCCUCUUUCCUGCAAAGACAUAAACGAACUCACAUUGGGGGGAAGCCCUACAAGUGUAAGCAGUGUGGUAAGGCUUUCAAAGGGCAUAGUUCUCUUCGAUUGCAUGCAAGGUCUCACAGCGGGGAGAAACCAUAUAAAUGUAAUUUAUGUAGUAAAGCCUUCCUGUGCCCCUCUUUCCUCCGAAGACAUGAAAGAACUCAUACCAGGGAAAAGCCCUAUGAAUGCAAAAAGUGCAACAAAACCUUCCGAGGUCAGAGUUCUCUUCAGUUACAUGAACGGUCUCAUACCGGAGAGAAGCCCUGUAAAUGUAAGAUUUGCGGUAAAGCCUUCCUAUGUACCUCUUUCCUUCAAAGACAUGAAAGGAUUCACUGUGAGGAAAAGCCCUUUGCGUGUAAACAGUCUGGGAAAGACCUUAAAGAUAGAAGUUCCUUUCAGAGACAUAAAGUUUCUCAUGCUGGGGAAAAACCUUAUGAAUGUAAACAAUGUGGUAAGUCCUUCAUUUACCCAUGUUUACUUCAAGUUCAUGUCAGAACCCACACUGGUGAGAAACCCUAUGAAUGUAAACAGUGCGACAAAGCUUUCAGAAGUCUUAGUUACCUUCGUAUACAUGAAGGAAGUCACACUGAAGAAAAGCCCUAUGAAUGUAAAGACUGUGGUAAAACUCUUAGCUGCUCUAGCGCCCUCCAGUUACAUAAACGGACACACACAGGAGAGAAGCCCUAUGUGUGUCAACAGUGUGGGAAAGCCUUCAGGGGAUUCAGUUAUCUUCGAGUACAUGAAAGGACUCACACUGAAGACAAGCCCUAUGAGUGCAAGCAGUGUGGGAAAAUUCUCAGUUGCUCAAGUUCUCUUCAGCUGCACGAAAGAACCCACACUGGGGAGAAACCUUAUGAGUGUACACAGUGUGGGAAAGCCUUCAGAGGUCUCAGUCGUCUCCGAGUCCACGAAAUAAUUCAUACUGGAGAAAAACCCCAUGAAUGUAAACUAUGUGGUAAAGCUUUCAGGUAUCAUAGUUUACUUCGCGUCCACGAAAGGACCCACACUGGUGAGAAACCGUAUGCUUGUAAACAAUGCAAUAAAGCCUUCAAAAGCCUCAGUAACCUUAGAAUACAUGAAAAAACUCACAGUGGAUUCUAUGAGUGUAAACAGUGUGGCAAAACCCUCAGUUCUUCCAACUCCCUCCAAGUGCAUGAAAGGGUCCACAGUGGAGAAAAAUCUCAUGAAUGCAAACAGUGCGGCAAAACCUUCCGCCGGCUCAGUAAUCUCCAGGUACAUGAAAAAACUCAUGCUGAAGGGAAGCCCUAUGAGUGUAAGCAAUGUGGUAAGUCCUUCCUUUAUCAGUAUUUACUUGAAAAGCAUGAGAAGGCUCACACUGCAGAAAAGCCCUAUAAGUGUAUGAUCUGCAGCAAAGCCUUUAUUUGUCCCUCUUUCCUUCACCGACAUGAAAGGAUUCAUAGUGCAGUAAAACCCUACGAAUGUGUACAAUGUGGGAAAGCGUUUAAAGGCCUCAGUUCCCUUCAGUUACACGAAAGAGCCCAUGCUAGAGAAAAACAUUAUGACUGUACACAGUGUGGUAAAACCUUCAGAUGUCACAGUCUCCUCCAGGCACAUGAAAGAACUCAUACUGGUGAAAAACCCUUUGAAUGUACAGAGUGCGGCAAAACCUUCAAAAGUGCGGGUUACCUUCGAAUACAUGAAAAAACUCAUAGUGGUUUCUAUGAGUGUAAACGGUGUGGUAAAAUUCUCAGUUGUUCAAGUUCUCUUCAAUUACAUGAAAGAACCCACACUGGAGAAAAACCCUACGGAUGUAAGCAAUGUGGUAAGGCCUUCAGAAGUCAAAGUUCCCUUAGAAGACAUGAAAGGAUUCACGCUGGAGAGAAACCCUAUGAAUGUAAACAGUGUGGUAAGUCCUUCAUUUACCAAUGCUACCUUCAAAUGCACGAGAGAUCUCACACUGGGGAGAAACUCUAUAAAUGUAAUAUAUGUAGUAAAACCUUUCUUUACCCGUGUUUCCUUCAAAUGCAUGAAAGAACUCAUACUGGCGAAAAACCUUAUAAAUGUACGCGAUGUGAUAAAGCCUUCCGAACUCACAGUUCCCUUCAAAUGCAUGAAAAAACUCAUACAGGAGACAAACCCUAUGAGUGUAAACAGUGUGGUAAAGUUUUGAUAAGUCAUAGUUCCCUUCAGAGGCAUAAAAUAGCUCAUACUGGGGGGAAACGUUAUGAAUGUAAACAAUGUAGUAAAUCCUUCACUUAUCCAUAUUUACUUCAAAUUCAUGAAAGAUCUCACACUGGAGAGAAACCCUAUGAGUGCAAAGACUGUAGUAAAGCCUUUACAUGUUACCGUUCACUUCAGAGACAUGGAAAAACACACACCUGAGGGGAAAAAAAAUCUCUGUAAAUGCAGCAAACAUGAGAGAGUGUUUAGAAUAUCUAGUUCCCUUCAAAUGUGUGGAAGUACUGGGAGCACAAUAAAUGCUGAAGUUUGUUGUUGCUACUGUUGUUUGAUAUGGAAAGUUUAGACGGAUUAGAUAGAUGUGCUAAAACCCUCAGUUCCAAUUGAAGAUAUAAAACUACCUGGUGUUAAAACCCAGAGUGGAAUAUGGUAUUUCAUUUCCUAGAUCUACUCAAAUACAUAAGCUAGUGAGGGUAGUCCUAAAGAAAGAGAUAUGGAAUUGAAACAGCUGCAGUUUGGGAAGUAAAGCUUAUAUUUUAAUAAUAUUAAAAAUCAUGUGAUAACUUGGAUUAGAAGAUCCUACUAAUUUAUGUGUGUUGAAGUGUUGAAGCAAAUCAUGAUAAAAGUUUUAUAACAUGAGUGAAAAGCUAUGCAAUUUAUGAAUGUAUGGUAUUUUCCAGUGAUUUGCAUUUGAAGACAUUCCCAGCUGCACCUGAUAGAUAAGGCCUGUACUCUUGGGUACUCUGGUUUUGCUGCAACUGAUAGCAAGUUCAGGGCCAGCCCAGAUAACUUAGUGAGACCAGUCUCAAUAAAAAUUGGAGAAAAACCCAAAGCAACUCAUUCAUUUAGCUCUGGUCUCCCAGUUUAAUUUCUAGUCCUGGCAUCAGAGAAAUGAGAAGGCUCCUAGGUGAUGAGUUUCCAUUUCUUUUACAGGAAAACACUGAGAUGAAAGUUUCCUAAGUGUAGACAUGAACUUUAGCCGCAGAAAUAGCUGAUGCAGAUUGCUAGACAAUUUCUUAAUUACCAUAUGUGUACCUUAUAGUGUAGCCUCCCAUACACUUAUGCUACAUGGUAUCAAUACUCCACUAGUCUAUGGAAUGUUGCUUCAUUGUAUAUUUUAGGCAUAGUACCAACAAAUAUAUAUCAAACAAAAGAUUUGACAUAAAAGUAAAUGCUCUCCCUAUGAAGAGUACUUACCAUGAGUGGAGUUUUCAGGACUAGAUUUUGUUCAAUCAGAGAUUAAGGUGAAUGUAAACUCAUAGGGUGCGUUAAUCUACUGUAAAAUGUCAACACUAUAGACUUACUGUAUAGUGUUUUGAUGUUUUCCUAAAUAAUAAAUUGACUUAAAGCUUUUUACAAUGUGUAUAAUUUUAAUACUUUUUGACUAUUGUGAUAACACUGCUUAAAAUGUUCCUAGUUUAUGAUUGUUUAAAACUAUUUCUUUAUAUACUUAUUCUUUAUAUUUUUACAUUGUAGAUAUGUUUUUAAAAAAUUGUUUGUGAAAAACAGCUGUCAUGUAUAACAGUGAGUCAGGAGGUUGGUGUCUGUAGCUUUUAGAUCUCUAUGUGCCCUGAUUCUCCUGUACUUCCCACGCCACUCCCCCAUAUUGCAUCAUGUGAUUAGCUGCACCUUUCUUUGUUCUGAUCAUACAAUAUGGGUAUUGCAUGUGAUAGCUCCCUGAAGCACCUCAGCUCACACACAAGACUCCCUAAAUGUUGCGAACUGAAGUACUUUUUCUAAAUAAUGAGAGUUUUCUGCUCUUAUGGAAAUAAUGAUUUAAUUGUAGAAAACAGACCUUUCUGUUUUUCCAAUGUCACUCAUCAGCAUGUAAGUACUAAAUUAAUUUAUCUUUGUAUUGUAUUGUAUACUAUAGUUUACCUAUAAAAGUUCCCUGAGUUAAUGACUUGUAUUUCAUUGAAAAAAAAUCAUUCAAUGAUUAUUGUGUUUCAAUAAAGAAAAAUAUUUUAACAACUUAUGAAAUGGUCCUAUCUGUAUUUCUGCCUAGUGUUUUAUGUAAUGUUCUUUAUAUUUUCCAGUAUAAAACCAAAGUAUCAACUCUGAAAUACAUUGAUUCUCUGUACACUGCAUUAUCAAAUACUCAGCUAAGAUUUACUCAUUUAUGUAAAAAAUAAGUAUGCCCAUUUUAUCAAUAUACAAAGUUAACUUUCGUAAUAAUUGAUAAAAUU